UCCCGGAGCAAAAGAGGACGUCGAAUAAAAGUGGCAAGCCCUCCUCCACCGGAUCCUCUGCUCCGGCGCCACCGAAGAAGGCAGGCGGGUAGGACAUAGCAGCAAUCAUGUCUUUCGAUCCAGUUUCAUUCGCGAAGGAUUUCGUCGCCGGUGGCGUCGCCGCGGCUAUUUCCAAGACGGCUGUCGCGCCCAUCGAGCGAGUCAAGCUUCUGCUGCAGGUGCAACAUGCCUCCCAGCAAAUCACCGAAGCCCAGCGCUACAAAGGCAUGGUCGACUGCUUUGUCCGGAUCCCCAGGGAACAGGGCUUCCUCAGUUUCUGGCGUGGCAACCUCGCCAACGUCAUCAGAUACUUCCCCACCCAGGCGUUGAACUUCGCCUUCAAGGACAAGUACAAGCAGAUCUUCCUUGGUGGCGUUGACAAGAAGACCCAGUUCUGGCGCUACUUCGCCGGCAACCUGGCCUCUGGAGGCGCAGCCGGAGCCACAUCCCUGUGUUUCGUCUACCCGCUGGACUUUGCCCGAACCAGGCUGGCUGCCGACAUCGGCAAGGGUGCGGGACAGCGGGAGUUCACUGGGCUGGGCAACUGUCUUGCAAAGAUCUUCAAGUCCGAUGGCCUCAUGGGGCUGUACCGUGGCUUCAACGUGUCUGUCCAGGGCAUCAUCAUCUACCGGGCGGCCUACUUUGGCUUCUUCGACACGGCCAAGGGCAUGCUUCCGGACCCCAAGAACACUCCCAUUGUCAUCUCUUGGCUCAUUGCACAGACUGUGACCACUGUGGCGGGCAUCAUGUCUUACCCGUUCGACACUGUCCGGAGGCGGAUGAUGAUGCAAAGUGGCCGGGCGAAGCAAGACCUCAUGUACAAGAACACCAUCCACUGCUGGGGCAAGAUCUACAAGACUGAAGGCGGCGCCGCUUUCUUCAAGGGAGCCUUUUCCAACGUCCUCCGAGGCACCGGAGGUGCACUGGUGUUGGUCCUGUACGACGAAAUCAAGGCCUUCAUCUUCUAGGUACCAUACACUGUGUGCAUAAGACUCUCGAGAGCAAACAAAGUGGAAACACAAGCUUUGCCUAGGCUUCAAUGCCUGCCUCCCCCACAGACUUCUUGUUGUUGGCGCAGUUUUUCCUUUAUGAGUCGUUGAAUUUUGAUAGCCUUUGUUCUGCCCUGUCUGGGGAAGUAGACUCUGCUGGACUGGAGGAUGUCAUCCCCUCCCCAAUUGGCACAUAACUUAAUCUGAGCACAUAUUCCACUAGCCGUUUGCUAAUUUAAUGGGGAUGAAUGCAGGGAACUCAUUCCUGGGGGUUUCUGGGGGGUGCUGAGCAGUUUUUGAAGCUAGAGCAAGUAAUAAAAGAGUAGAAAAAAUUU